AUGACUGAGGCCUACACCUUUUCUUCUUCGCCUCACUCUCAACCUUCACCGCCACCUGCUGGAGAUGAAGUCAAAGAUGCAAAUGAAGAUGAGCAGUCUCGGGAAACUGAGAUCUUUGAGGACACUUUAGUGCUCAAUAGUCCCUUCACUGAAACUGAGGUGGAGAAUCUCAAUCCGAACACUGAGCUUGUAGAGGAUUGGGAACCUGUAGAGAACAUGACAACGGGUCCAAUAUGUGAGUAUGAACAAGAAGUAGUGCUUGAUAGUGAGGACGAAGAAAUGAAUAAUAGAGAUGCAGUAACUGUUGUCAAAGGAUUUCUUGAGGAUGAAACUAGUCCAUCAAUGCUAUUACAGAAGAGACGGCUCAAACUACCUCGUCAGCAAGCAAACUCAAAUGCCACCACUUUUGGGAAAUCUGCUACUGGGGACAAAGGAACUUCAAUUGAUGCUGAGAGCUUUAAUGACGACAACCAUUUAUAUCUUCCUGGAAGAUUAAAUCACAUCCACUCACCAGAGCCCGGGGAUUCAACCCAAGCUGCACUUCGCUUUGUGGAUCAGUACUUGAACAAUGCGGAAUUCUUUCAAGAAAUUCCGUAUAGAAAGACUCCUAGGGAGAAUUCACCUCAUGUAUUUAGUGCAAAAGGACCACUAAGUCUGGCUAAGAAAAUCAAAGCUCGAACUCAAAAUGAAGAAAAAGAACCUUUCAAAUGGCUCGACAGUGAUCAAAAUGACAAAGAAGCUGGUAUCUAUUGUAAAAAGAAUGAAGCAUCUUCAAAUUUUGGAAGCUACAGGCAGACAUAUAUGAGAAAAAGACAGAAAAAAGGUGGCCAUCUUCAGAACCAAGGAAACUGUAGUACAGGUAAUAGAUGUGAUGAGAAUUCAGUCCAAGGACCAGGAAUGGUAACUGAAAACAAUAACCCUCUCAAGGAGUUGGAUGUUCAGUCUAAUGCUACAAGAGAGAAUGUUAAUGUUUAUUCCAGUGUGGCAGAUACGUUAGACAUGUCUGAUAUUGGUUUAGAUACUCAAAUAGCUGCUGAAGCUAUGGAUGCCUUAGCCUAUAGAAUGAAGCUCAUCUGA